CAGCAAGUGUGCACCAAGCUGCGUGCUACGUGUAGUAGCUAUAGCUAGAGAGUAGUGUGAUCACGCAGACACACACGCACACGCAAAUAUCUUACAUGCGUUACGUAGCUGCCACUCCGACCAUGCCGUCCCUUGUCGCGGAGAGCGCCGCCGAACCGCCUCUGGUGGACAGCUACCUGGAGCUGCUCCGGCGCGGCGGCGGCGGCGGCGGCAUUGCGGCGGCGACCGAGGGCUGCGUGCAGGAGCGCGAGCUGCCCUUGAUCGACCUGACGUGCCUGCAGGGCAGCGCGGGCGAGGCGGCGAGGACGACGUGCGCGGACGCCAUGGCGAGGGCGGCCUCGGAGUGGGGCUUUUUCCAGGUGACCGGGCACGGCGUGAGCCGGGCGCUGUUGGAGCGGCUGCGGGCGGAGCAGGCGCGGCUGUUCCGGCUGCCGUUCGAAACCAAGGCCAAGGCCGGGCUUCUCAACGGCUCCUACCGCUGGGGCGCCCCCACGGCCACGUCGCUCCGCCACCUCUCGUGGUCGGAGGCGUUCCACGUCCCGCUCGCCAGCAUCUCCGGCACUGCCUGCGACUUCGGAGAGCUCAGCUCCUUGAGGGACGUGGUGCAGGAGGUGGCGGACGCGAUGUCGCGGGUGGCCAAGACCGUGGCGGUGGCGCUGGCGGGGAGCCUUCUGGGCCACGACGAGGCGGCGGCGUUCCCGGCGGGGUGCGGCGAGACCACCUGCUACCUGCGGCUCAAUCGGUACCCGGCGUGCCCGUUCGCGGCGAACACCUUCGGGCUGGUGCCCCACACGGACAGCGACUUCCUGACGGUGCUGUCCCAGGACCAGGUCGGGGGCCUGCAGCUCAUGACGGACGCCGGCUGGGUGGCCGUCAAGCCCCGCCCCGACGCGCUCAUCGUCAACAUCGGCGAUCUGUUUCAGGCCUGGAGCAACAACCUGUACAAGAGCGUGGAGCACAAGGUGGUGGCCAACGCCGCGGCGGAGCGCUUCUCGGCGGCCUACUUCCUGUGCCCGUCCUACGACUCGCUCGUCGGCACGUGCGGCGAGCCGUCACCGUACAGAGACUUCACCUUCGGGGAGUACAGGAGGAAGGUGCAGGAGGACGUCAAGAGGACCGGAAGAAAGAUUGGGCUCCCCAACUUUCUCAAACACCGGCCACCCCCUCAAUCACGGCCCGCCUAAAAUUGACAAGUCAAAGCACCUGCCGUUUUGCUCUCGAGAAAUGACGAGAGCACCUUUUUCUCCUGUAACUUCACGGUGGAUGCGAGCACGACCUCACUGUGUACAAGAAAUAUAUAUAUAUAUAAUAUGAACCCUUUGAGGCGCUUGCUUCUUUUU